AUGGAGACUCCCUCGUUGGUGAGAUGCUUGUUGGCACCGCCAUUGAUGCGGAUUUUGGAGGCCGCCACGGAGACGGGAGCUGAUGCAGCACAGGUGGGCCUCUUAUGUCGGGCCGUGUGCAGACGGCUGUGGAUCUACUCGGAGGAGUGGAUGGAAGACAAGGAGGCGCCCGCCAAGAAGCUGCUCCUCGCCCCUAGCCUCCGCCUGGGGCCGAAGACCUCCCCGGCGUGUCUCCAGCGGUUCAGCCCGGCCUCCCUGCGGCGCCUUAGGGUCGUGGAUGCUCCCGCGGCCUUCCUUUCGGGCAGCGCAUGGCUGCCUCUGCUGUGCCCGGCAGCGCCGACUCUGGAGCAGCUGUCCAUCGUUCUUCUCCGCGCGGAUGUCCAGGCGCGGUGGCCUGACAUCCUGACGGCGGUGGCCGAUGCGCUGGAAGCCAAGGCGUCAGAGAGGCUGAUGCGCUUUGAGGCCCGUGGCCUUCACCUGCCCAGCGCCGCCUCGCCUGCCUUAGCUCGGGUGGCGCGCAGCUCCGCAAGGACAUUGCGCGAGUUCGUGGCCGACUUUGCUGAUGCACCGGAGGACAGCGCCAGCGCCGCGCUCGAAGAUUCUGAGCUCUGGGACGCCCUCUCCAAGGCUUCGAACCUCGAGGUCCUCCGCCUGGGCGGGCUCUGCCUGAGCGCCGAGAGCUGCGCCGGCCUCUCCCGCACGGUGCGCUGCUGCGGCGGGCGGCUGAAGAACCUCGGGCUUAGCGGCCUAGCAGCCUCGGCACUGCUUCGGCCGAGCUCCGCCACGGAGCAGGGCGUCUCACUGCGCUCAGAGCUCAGCCCCGAGAUGGCCACACUCGUCGCCGAAGGCAAGCAGCAGUCAUUGAGGCUUACGAGCCUAUCGCUAUCUGGCUUGCAGCCGCCCCAGGGCUUGCACAGUUUUGUCGCUGUGGCGCCGAACCUGCGAGCCCUUCUGGGGGCCAUCGAGGAGCUGGCUCCGUGCCUGACCGAGCUGGAUCUAUCCAACAACGCAGCGGUCACGCAAGAGGGCUUUAUGCCAGAGCUGCUGGCCAUCCUCGACAACUGUGGGCCCCUGAAGAAGCUGGACCUUUCUGGCAGUGAGCUAUGCCUGUCCUCCGCAGCUGCUGCCCUGCACAGAUCUUCGCUCACGCUGACGUCCCUUGCGCUGAGCGGGUGUGCGGAGCCAAUGCCAGGGCCCACAGGUGGAUCUCCCCUGGGCUUGGCGCUUCAGAGCUUGGAUGCGCUGGAGGAGCUGGAUCUGGGCGACCUCGGGGCCCGGCCCUGGCUCCGCAAGCCCAUCCUCACGGCCCUGCAGCAAGUGGCACCCACCCUGCGGCGACUGCGGGGGCAGCUCCCGGCGGCGAUUCUGAAGGCUGGGCUCUCGAGCCUCUUUGCCACGGGCACUUUCCUGGAGGGUGGGGCACGGCGGCUGGAGGACGUGGAGCUGAGCGUAGGUGGCCCCUGCGACUCUUUGGUCCCCAUCUUUGCGGCCGGGCCCCUGAGGCGCCUGAAGCUGUGUGGCGAGCUGGGCGACGGAGCCGGAGCGAAGCUGGCCGUGGCACUCCGAGGGAAACCUCUUGAAGAGCUCUCACUGCAGAGCUGUGGUCUGGGUUCAAACACAGCCAGAUACCUUGGUGCCAUGCAGAGCUCGCAACCCUGGCCGCUCGCGGUGCUGGACUUGUCUGGUAACCGCCUCGGAGCGGAGGGUACGGCGCUCGUCACGGCCUUCGCCUCCUCCGGGGUGUUGCGGGCGUUGAGGCUCCGAGCUUGUGGGCUGGAGGAGGAUGCCAUGGCACCGCUGGGCACCAUGGUGGUACGCGCCACCCAGUUGGAGCUGGUCGAUGUGCGGGGCAAUCCCAGGCUCCGUGCGGCCGACGCGACCCGUCAGUUCCUUCGGGCUUCAGAGGAAGCCCUGAGCCAUCAAGACUCUGCGGACCUCCACGGGCUUGCCUGGGGGCCGCCAGAGGCCGCGCUUCCUGGUCGCUUGGACCUGCGUGGCAACCCGGGGCCGGGAGCUCCCGCCGGCGAAGACGCUUCCCAGCCACUGCCAAGGAGGAUAGGACGCUUCGAGAUCUUGCUCGGCGACCCUGGCGCUGCGAAUGGUUGA